AUGGAAAAGCACAAAGCCUUCCUUCAGAGCGUUGCGGACGAGAACUCUGCUCUGAUAGCCAAGAUCAAUCAGCUGACCCCUCAAUCCCAAACACAAUCCCAAGAGGAUAUCAACAGCGCCAUCAAACAAUGCCUCCUGCAGCUUUACGAGACUAUUAUCCAAAUGAGCCAACAUCGUGGCAAUCCUCGCACGCCCAGACUCAAAGUCAUCAACGCGUGGAAAAGUUUACUACAGCCCAUACAGGCCCUCAAUCAACUACCCUUUGGAGACUUCCUCACUGCGCGCAUGUUGCUUUACCUUGCCAUGGGUUUACGAGCUCAGCACGCCCUUGAUAUGAGAGUUUCCACAGCUUUUGCUUCCAAGCCCAGCUUUCCCUUGGACCAGAUGGAUAUAGCCAUGGAUGACACUCUGUUAAAAACUCUUGGGAAGAUUUGGACCGAGAGUGACAAAAGCGAGCAGUUCGACUGGGUUUUCGGCGAGUACAGAAUCGGAUAUUGGAGGCCUGAGGAUAAAGAUGAGGAAGACGUACAGCCCCACUACCGUAUUGCUCAGGCACUCUCUCCGGCCGAACUUGCAUCUCUGGAUGGCAUUGGCGGAAGAAUCUUCGUCUUUGGAAAGAAGAAUGAGGUGGAUGAGAACGAAGAUCAAGACUUCUGGGCGCCCUUCUCGGGAAGUGUCCCCGGCGACCACUACGAACGAAGCCGGUCCCAAGUUCACAUCCCCGAUGAUGAUGAGCUGGAAGCUGAUGAAUGGGUUUACAAAACCGUUGGCACAGAUGGUCCGAUCCGUGACACGAUUGGCUGCUCCAUCGUGCGCGAACAGAGAAAUUAUUGUGCCGGCUUGAAGUUUUUCCCACGUUCGUGUCAGUUUAUCGUGGAUGCGAGACGAGCUGGGCAGCCAUCAACGGCUGCUAAGAAGCGCAUUCUCGCGGAAAGAGGGCUGUCUUAUGCUGGAAUGCCUCCAGAAAUACGAGCUGCCAUCAUUGGCUACCUUGAUCCACCAUUUCGUCAUCCUUAUUUGUCGAAAAUCGAUAUUUUGAAGGCGUACGCCCCGUUUCCAGACAUAUCGAGUUGUUCCGAGUGCGGUCAGGAGAGCCAGACAUGCCCUGCCAAGAGCAUGUAUAUCUGGAAUGUACCUCUCCGUACGUUCUUUGUCUUUCAUCGGACCAAGACUAACCUCGGGGUACUCUGCAAAUACGGCACCGACUGUCGGGGUCAUCACGAAGAUGACUCGUGGAAAAUCUCUCGUGAAGCAUGUUUCGAUGAAUACGUGGAGAAAAUCAUCAAAGAUAGAUGCGGAAGUGCCACGACUUUAUCUCAGGUUGGAUUUGCCCCCACGGCAGAGUUUACACUGCACGACAGAGAGGAAGACGAGAAGCGGACGAGGAGACUGUUUGACGAUCGCGGACCUGUCGAGGAUAGCUCGAAUGAGCAGAGGUUCAAUGGAGGAUUGUGGGGAUUGACAGCGUCUAUGAUGCACAAUAAGAUUCUUCUUGGAUCGUGGCAAGGAGUUGAUGAGAGUUCGACCUGUUCCACGGUUUCGGAAUGGGCUUUGGCACGUUGUCUUGCUGAUAAGGAGUGUGCCGAGACUGCUGUCAUGAAGAUGCAUAAUCACUGUGACCGAUGUUGA